AGAAUGGGGAACACAGAGUAUGAAUUUUAACCUAUCAGGAAUUGUAUAUUCUAUAAUAUAGUUUUUGAUAGGUUGAAAUUCUUACGAAAUUCUUAUUCUAUUCCCUAUUUGUUCGAUUAUGCGCAAUCGUUGAAAAUUAGCAUUGACCUAUUUAUUUAUUGAAAGAAAGAUCAACAUUACUUGAACAUAAUUUUGCAGUGACAAAUAAAAACCUUAAACUGUAUUUUUAUCACUAUUUUACAGUAUAUACAUACGCUAAUUAAAGUAUAAUUGAGAAAGAAAAUCACAAAUUGUUAUAACAAAAUAUGGCUACCAUGGGUGAGCCUCUCACUUUAGCAAGAGAUAUCAAAAGAUCUAUAGAAUUAUUAGAUAAACUACAGAAAGGAGGAGAAGUUCCUACAACAAAAUUAGCAGCAUUACAGAAGGUAUUACAAAGUGAUUUUCUUAGUGCAGUACGGGAAGUAUAUGAGCAUGUUUACGAGACUGUUGAUAUUCAGGGAUCACAGGAUGUACGUGCAUCUGCAACAGCAAAAGCAACUGUUGCUGCUUUUGCAGCUAGUGAAGGUCAUGCACAUCCACGUGUAGUCGAAUUACCUAAAACGGAAGAAGGACUUGGUUUUAAUGUGAUGGGAGGUAAAGAACAAAAUUCGCCGAUUUACAUAUCUCGCAUUAUACCUGGUGGUGUUGCUGAUAGGCAUGGUGGUUUAAAACGUGGAGAUCAGCUUUUAUCUGUUAAUGGAGUGUGCGUCGAAGGUGAAAAUCAUGAGAAGGCAGUGGAGUUACUAAAGCAAGCUCAAAAUUCUGUAAAAUUAGUAGUUCGUUAUACUCCACGUGUUCUCGAAGAAAUGGAAUUACGUUUUGAUAAACAGAGAGCUGCUCGUAGGCGUCAACAUAUGCAAUAAAUAUAAAUGUAAAAUAUUUAACUGUUACUUAAAAAGUGCAAAUUUAUCGGCUAUAGUCUACCUAUAUAUCUAUACAUUUAAACUAUUUAUGCUUUAUAGUUAUAAUUUGGCUAGUG